AAACUCUUCUCCUUUCUCCUUUCUCUAUUUCUCCAUUAGAUCUUCAAAACCCAUUAAAGGGUUUGUUCUCUAUUUGAUUAUCUCUUCAGUUUCUUUCAAAAUUUAUUGUUCUUUUAGCUCAAUUUAUAGUUUUAGAGUAGUAUUUGAAUAAGUUAGUAGCUGAGUUUAUACAGUUACUUUUAGUUUCUUGAAUUGGGAGAGAAAAGACGACGUUUUUGCAAUUUUGGACAUACGUAGUAGCAGUCGGUGGUGCAAUUGUGGCUAAUUUUGUAAUUUCUGUGUUUUGUGUUUGAUCUGAUCUUUUUGUUUAAGAUCAGGGGAAAAAUUAGAAGAAAAUAGAAGUUGGUGUAGUGGGUUGUUAGAAAUUUUCUCAAAAUUAAGAUGCAACAAGAUCAUCGCAAGAAGAAUACCAAAGAAGUCGAGUUCUUUACAGAGUAUGGAGAGGCAAAUAGGUAUAAAAUUCUGGAAAUUAUUGGAAAAGGAAGCUAUGGAGUUGUUUGUGCUGCCAUCGACACUCAUACCGGUGAAAAAGUGGCAAUUAAGAAAAUAACUGAUAUUUUCGAGCACACCUCUGAUGCGAUUCGAAUUUUGCGUGAAAUUAAAUUGCUUAGACUUUUAAGGCAUCCUGAUAUCGUGGACAUUAAAAGAAUCAUGUUACCACCUUCAAAAAGAGACUUCAAAGAUAUUUAUGUUGUUUUCGAGCUUAUGGAAUCUGAUCUUCACCAUGUCAUCAAGGCUAAUGAUGACUUGUCACAUGAACACCAUCGCUUUUUUCUAUAUCAGAUGCUUCGAGCACUGAAAUAUAUGCACACAGCGAAUGUGUACCAUCGAGACCUUAAGCCGAAAAAUAUAUUGGCAAAUGCGAACUGUAAACUCAAAAUAUGUGACUUAGGAUUGGCAAGGGUUGCAUUCCAUGAUACUCCAAGCACAGUACUUUGGACGGAUUAUGUCGCUACAAGAUGGUACAGGGCUCCUGAACUAUGUGGAUCUUUCUUUUCCAAGUAUACGCCUGCCAUUGAUAUUUGGGGUAUAGGCUGCAUUUUUGCGGAGGUACUGACAGGAAAACCAUUGUUCCCGGGCAAAAGUGUUGUUCAUCAGUUAGAUUUGAUGACCGAUCUUCUUGGGACGCCGUCAGUUGAUACCAUAGCUGGGGUUCGUAAUGAGAAGGCAAGAAAGUAUUUGACAACCAUGCGGAAAAAGAACCCAGUUCCUUUUACUGAGAAAUUUCCGAAUUCAGAUCCUCUGGUGCUCCCACUGUUACAGAGGUUGUUAGCAUUUGAUCCAAAGGAUCGACCUACUGCCGAAGAGGCUUUGUCUGAUCCUUACUUCAAGGGACUGGCCAAGAUUGAGAGGGAACCUUCUUGUCGACCAAUAUCAAAUCUGGAAUUUGAAUUUGAGAGGCGAAGGGUAACAAAGGAGGACAUUAAGGAACUAAUUUUUCGGGAGAUAUUAGAAUAUCAUCCUCAACUUCAAAAGGAUUACAUAUCUGGAAAUGACGGCACAAAUUUUCUCUAUCCUAGUGCAAGUGGUCAGUUUAGAAGGCAAUUUGCAUAUCUUGAGGAAAAUAAUGGUAAAAGUGAGCCAGUUAUUCCUCUUGGUAGAAAGCACGCCUCUCUUCCUCGUUCAGCGGUCAAUUCCAGCACCAUUCCUCCCAAAGCUAGGCAAAACUUCUCUGUGUUUGAUCAUAGACAAGCAACAGAAAAAGCAACUACUGAUAGAGUCACAGAGAAAAUCUCAGGAACUAUGCAAAACAUUUCACGACCACUACAUCGAGUCCAUGGAGCCAAACCUGGGAGAGUUGUAGGGCCAAUUUUACCGUAUGACGGAAGAGUACAUACACAGAAUACUGACCUCCCUCAUGGCAUUUCUCCGCAGUAUAUGUUCAGGACAGAAGCUAAGGAUACCACUCAAGUUAGACCCCUACCUGCACAAUGCAACACCAACCCGUAUUAUCAGACACAAGAAAAAGUAUCUCAAUUGGGUGGUCAAAUUGGAAUAGAUGCAAAACUACUACAGGCACAAAGUCAAUUUGGUGCAGUUGGCGCUGCUGCUGUUGCUGUUGCUGCUGCUGCUCACCGAGAGGUUCGCACCAUCCAAUACGGUCUGACUUAGAAUGGAUUAAAUCCACCUUGGAGGUAAAAGAAUUCAAGAUCUGCAUGUUCGUUUAACGAAGCAGUCCUAUCGGAGAUUCAAUGAUGAAAUUGUCAAAACAUACAUCAUGUAUGAUAUCUGCCUAUCUGGUUAGUGUUAGGGUCUCUUUGCCAAAAUUAGGCAUUUCUCAGUUCAGUUUACCUCGUUAGUAUCUACGCCCUGUAAAUUUGUAGUGCUGUAGCUACUGCAUUAUUGAUUUUAUUAAUGAAUAAAAUUCUUGAUCUUCA